UAGGUUUUUAUCCCCAAAUGCAAAAGGUACCACAGUGUGUGUGUAGCCUAAUAGAAGAAACAACACUGUUUUUUACCAUUCACAAUAUAUACAAUUUUCACUCCAGUGGCGAUUUACUUUCUUUGUGUGUUGGAUGCAAAUUUUGUGGAUUUGGAAGUGGUGGAGAAUCAACUACAUUAAGAACACAUCGAAAAGUGUGCCACUGAGUUAAGAACAGUACUUCUUGAUUGUUGUUUGUUGUUGUUUUGACCGAAGCAACAACAACAUGGGUUCGUUAUUCCGUAGUGAGGAGAUGACCUUGUGUCAGCUCUUUUUGCAGAGUGAAGCGGCCUAUGCUUGCGUUUCCGAAUUAGGUGAAUUGGGUCUGGUACAAUUCAGAGACCUCAAUCCCGAUGUAAACGUUUUCCAACGUAAAUUCGUGAAUGAAGUGCGUCGCUGUGAUGAGAUGGAGCGUAAAUUGCGUUAUUUGGAAAAGGAAAUCAAAAAGGAUGGCAUACCAAUGUUGGAUACUGGCGAAAGUCCGGAAGCACCACAACCCAGAGAAAUGAUUGAUUUGGAAGCUACUUUUGAAAAAUUGGAAAACGAAUUGCGUGAAGUUAACCAAAACGCGGAGGCAUUAAAACGCAAUUUCUUGGAGCUAACUGAAUUGAAGCAUAUUUUGCGCAAAACACAAGUUUUCUUCGAUGAGACGGUGUCAACAGUUUCUUACAAUACCUCCUCCUCCACUACUACUUUUAAAUCACGCUGGCGCUAUGGACGGAGACAGAUGGCCGACAAUCAGAAUGAGGAUGAGCAGGCGCAGUUGCUGGGGGAAGAGGCUGGCAUGCGCGCCAGUCAGCCUGGACAGAAUUUGAAACUUGGUUUUGUUGCUGGUGUAAUACUGCGCGAGCGCUUGGCUGCCUUUGAGCGCAUGCUGUGGCGCGCCUGUCGCGGCAAUGUCUUUCUGCGUCAAGCCAUGAUUGAGUCACCGCUCGAGGACCCCUCGAAUGGUGAUCAGGUGUACAAGUCGGUGUUCAUCAUCUUCUUCCAAGGUGAUCAGCUGAAGUCACGCGUCAAGAAGAUAUGCGAAGGCUUUCGCGCCACACUCUAUCCAUGCCCCGAGGCACCGGCCGAUCGCCGUGAAAUGGCCAUGGGCGUGAUGACACGCAUUGAGGAUUUGAAUACGGUGCUGGGGCAAACGCAGGAUCAUCGUCAUCGCGUGCUGGUCGCUGCCGCCAAGAAUCUGAAGAAUUGGUUUGUAAAAGUGCGCAAAAUCAAGGCCAUCUAUCACACGUUGAAUCUCUUCAAUUUGGAUGUGACACAAAAGUGUCUGAUCGCCGAAUGCUGGGUGCCGGUGCUGGACAUCGAGACCAUACAGCUGGCAUUGCGUCGCGGCACGGAGCGUUCUGGCUCGUCGGUGCCACCGAUUUUGAAUCGCAUGCAAACGUUUGAGAAUCCGCCAACCUAUAAUCGGACCAAUAAGUUUACCAAAGCUUUUCAAACGCUCAUCGAUGCAUAUGGCGUGGCUGGGUAUCGUGAAAUGAAUCCGGCACCGUAUACGAUUAUAACGUUCCCCUUUCUCUUCGCUGUGAUGUUUGGUGAUCUCGGUCAUGGCACACUCAUGGCACUAUUCGGUUUGUGGAUGAUACGCAAGGAGAAGGGUUUGGCUGCGCAGAAAACUACAAAUGAAAUUUGGAAUAUAUUCUUCGGUGGUCGUUACAUAAUAUUCCUAAUGGGCGUAUUCUCUAUGUAUACCGGCUUUAUUUAUAAUGAUAUCUUCUCGAAAUCAUUGAAUAUAUUCGGUUCACAUUGGCAUAUCAACUACAAUCGGACAACAGUGCAGAAUAAUAAACAUUUGCAAUUGAAUCCGAGCACUGCUGACUACGAGGGUGAACCCUAUCCGUUCGGUAUGGAUCCCAUUUGGCAGGUGGCCACGGCCAAUAAGAUUAUCUUUCAGAAUUCAUACAAAAUGAAGAUAUCGAUUAUAUUCGGUGUGAUUCAUAUGAUUUUCGGCGUGUCAUUGAGUCUGCACAAUCACACUUACUUCAAGAACCGCAAUGCUAUACUCUAUGAAUUCAUACCACAAUUGAUCUUCUUGAUUAUGAUGUUCUUCUAUUUGGCUCUCUUGAUGUUCAUCAAAUGGAAUAGAUAUGCUGCGACUAAUCUACCUCCUUAUUCUGCUGGCUGUGCUCCCUCGAUUUUGAUUACUUUCAUUGAUAUGGUAUUGGGUAAUGAACCGAAGAAACCACUUGAGGGCUGCAACCCGUAUAUGUAUGCUGGACAAUCAUUCUUCCAGAAUUUGUUCCGUUUCAUCGCACUUUGCUGUAUACCCGUCAUGCUGCUCGGCAAGCCACUGAAGAUCAUACAACAGCGUCGACAAGCAAACCGCCAAAAUCUCACCGGCGCCACUAGCGAUGCUGAAGUGGGCAUGACCAAUGGCACUGCUGGCGGUGUGGCCGGACACGGUGGCGGCGGCGACCCACACGAGGAGGAAGAACUUUCGGAAAUCGCCAUACAUCAAGGUAUACACACCAUUGAAUUCGUUUUGGGCUCCGUCUCGCAUACAGCAUCGUAUUUGCGUUUGUGGGCAUUGUCUUUGGCACACGCACAAUUGGCUGAGGUUUUAUGGAAUAUGGUACUAUCGAUUGGCUUGAAGCAGGAGGGCUGGACCGGCGGUAUUAUGCUGACCAUUGUCUUCGCCUUCUGGGCCAUACUCACUGUGGGCAUUUUGGUGUUGAUGGAGGGUUUGUCAGCAUUUUUGCAUACGCUACGUCUGCACUGGGUUGAAUUCCAGAGCAAGUUUUACAAGGGUACCGGUUACGCUUUUCAACCGUUCGCUUUCGAUCUGAUUAUCGAGAAUGGUAGUGCCGCUGCAGUGGAAGGUGCUGAGUAAAUCAUUGUAUGUCGUUGAUUUGUUUGAAACAUAUUGAGAGUAAUGACAACGACAUUGGUAGCUCCGCAACACAGCACAUUAACAUUGAAGAAUUUAUGCACACAUACAUUUAUAAUAAAAAAAGUAAUUAAUUGAAUAUGUAUUAAGAGGUUAUUGAAUUGAAUUUAAUAUGUAACAUUCACAUAAAACUAAACUUAUUGAAUUUAGUGGCAUUACAUAUACAUAUAUAUACACACAUAUAAUACUAUAAUCACAUACAUAUAUAUUACAUGUUUAAUACAACCAAAAAGAAGGCUUCUGGUAUGAUUUGUAAGACGAUUUGAGGAAUCGUUUGGAAUACUUGUUACUUGGCAAAUGAGAUUAACCAAUAUAGUACUACAUAUGCAUAUAUAUUUACAUACCUAUACAGUUUUGUGUUUCAUGUAAUAAAUUUUAAUGUUACAUAAAUAAACGCUUUUAGCAUUCAUAGACAAGCAUAAACAAUGUAUGUAUGCAUACAAAAAUAUAUGAAUUUAAUUAUAUAUGUAUGUACGUAGUUGUUAUUGGCAAUUAAUAAUAAUACGCAUUUCUAUGUAUUUUUUUUAUAAUAAAACAUCUUUAUUUUCCUCAA